UGUCGUUGCAAGAAUCGAAGAAGCGUUUGAUCUACGACUGCGUUCUUGUAAUUAAUCGCGAAUAUCCUAAUAAUUUAGCAACGACCUAACUGUAGUGUUAAAAUUAUAAUAGUAAAAUCGUUAUAGUUAUUGUAAUGGCAGACAAGAAAGGUUUUGAAAGGUGCUUAGAUGAUGGAAUGCUGUCAUCCAACCAAGCACUAAUAAACUAUAAUGAUUAUAAUGAUGCGUUACCUACACCCCGCCCUCUGUCCCUCCGCACCCCUUCUACAGGAGCCGCGGGCGCGCCAACGCAGACCCCGCGCGGCAGACGCCUAUUCGCUAUCAUUUACUCCUCCACUCGGAGCCUACCCCCAACCUCAGCCUCCGCAAGGACCCUUCCUACCCGCGCCGCCGCAGCAGCAUCCGCAAUAUGGAGUGGCAGGCGGGUCGCCGUACGGAGUCGCGUUCGGUGGCGCGGGCGCGGGUGCGGGCGGGGUGUAUGCGCCGCCGCCGUAUGACCAGCUGCAGCACCACCAGGCCAUCCCCGCGCUGAGUCAGCAGCUACCCAUGUAUAGCCCUGCAGCAGCAAUGUACGCAGCAGCUGCCGGAUACCCGGGAUAUAUCGGCUACCCAGUACAGUACUACCCGUACUACCCGACGGCCGUUCAGCCUUCCAUACAGCCCCUGCGCCCCACUAUCAUGAUCCCGAACGGCUUCGAGGCGGGCGGCCGGUUCGAGGGGCUCGCGCAGACGCUGCUGCCGCCCGCGCCCCCCGGCGUGCCCCCCUCCCCCGCGCACCUCGCCGCCAUACAGCCGCACCAAGUGCUGUGGCGUUAAGUGUAGACGAGUCGCACGAGCGGCAUUGAGAACAUUGACCGACGGACACAGGCUCUAAUAUCGUCUUCAUCACAAAAGAAGUAUACAUACUGAUUAUUUUAAAAACAUGUUUAAAUUUCUCGACUCGAUACACUAAAAAAAUAUCAUAAAACUCCUACUAAAAUGACUUGAACGACUGAAAUGUAUAAUAAAUCAAUAAAAAUACAAAAGUAGAGUCAUUUCAGGAAAGGGCAAACCGUUUUUAAUUUAAAUGAAGAGAAUGUUACAUUUAUAUAUAUGUAAAAAUGUUCCAUAAAUGAAAUGGAGGCGGUUUCAUUUGUGUGCCGUCGGUGAAUAUCAGCUUAGCCGGUUAUUAUUGACUGUGAUGUGUUAAGAUAAUGUUUGCCACUUGCUAAUUAUAAAGCUCUCUAUACAAUUCGUGCCUUUGAAAACGAAAUUGAACACUAAAUUGAAAAUCUCAACCAGUUCAGAAGGUAUUCCGUGAAUGUUUUAUUUUCUUAUAAAACCAGUGAUAAUUACAGACAUUCCAGUCGUAAUAGCAUUGAUGAAAUUACAUUUAAAAUGAAAAUAUUCAUGUAACUCAUUUAAUAAAAGUAAUAUAUUUUUUAAGCUUGUUCCUUUUUUUUUUUUAUAAAAUGUAUAAGUAUGAUUGAUAAUCGAUUAAUUUGGCACAAUAGUAAUAAAAUAAUUAUCUCGUAUACCAAAUAAUACGUUUUACAUUUAAAUGUAAAAUUGAUUCAUUUAAUUUCAAAAUCAAGUGGUGAACAUUACUGUCGGCCGAGACGCGGUCUCUGCAUAGUAUUAUUGUGGCGUCGCCACUCUACGACUAGACUAUACUCGCGGGCUUGUGCUGUGUGUGCGUCUGUUCGUUACGUUAUGGAUUUUGAACGUGGACUUCAUUGUUUUCGUUUUAUAUAAUCAUCGAAUGUUUUUAUUGUAACUAGAAUUUUCGAUAAAUAAACUGCCUAUUUGUUUUAUGGCAGCUAUAUAACGACAGUCAUUGUUAUAUGAGUAUGUAUAUCCAUGGUUUUUGUUACAUAAUUACUAAUAUAUCGAAAUAAAUGAGAUCCGUCACAAUUUUAUUCGAUAAACGCACAGACAGUACAAAAUCCGAACUUUAGUUAUAUAUAAUUGAGAAAAAAAAAAAUUAAACAGAGGUUGUGCGUGACACGUGCGAGUGAGACGGGCGGUGUGUGUGAGAGAGAGAGAGAAUGUAACUCGGUUUAAUUAUUAUAUAAAUUGAGUAGUUAAUUGUGAACCGUUUGAGAAUUCGUUUUAUUCUCAAAUAUGAUUUGAUUAUAAAAUAUAGUCGAAUUAUAUUUGUGAAAAAAAAAUUGAAUUUGAAAACGGCUUAAAUCUUUAAUAAGCGAAUGGAUAUCUCUCGAAUAGCAUAUUUUUAAGGAUUAUAGCAAAUACCAAUAGCUAUUGUAACUUUUUUCAAUCUUGUGUCAUAAUUUUUUUUUCAUAGUUUAAAGAAAUAUAAUGUAUUCGCUUAUUAAAUACUAGAUCUGUUUCGAUGAUGUUUGAAGUUGAUAUCAGAAUCUCCGGACGCUUUCACGCGUCGUAACUAGUUAUAAUGUGUAAUACAUUGAACGUGAUUAUAUGGAAAUCGUUUUAAAUAUCUAAUUGGUCUUCAUUUAUUUUAAAAAUAAAUGUACGUAUCUAUCUAUAUGUAAUAUUGUUUGUUAAAACGAUUUGAAGUAACAUUUUUAUAAAUAUUUGUAAUGUGAAACUGUGUGUUUAAGUAUUAUGUAAGCAAUUUUUUUUUAUCUUCCCACUCUAAAAUGAUAACAAAAUUGUCACUCCCCACCCCCUACUAUUUAGACGUAAGUGUUAUUUAUGUUACUAGUGAGUUACGUCGAUUUAAAAACAUAAGAAACGAAAUCUUUUAGUUUUAAAAGAUUAAAACAUUUAUUAUUUUGUUUAUAGUAGUACUUAAAGCUCAAGAAAUAUGAGUACUCCAAGCUUAUGUAAUACUUAAACAAGUCUGUAGUCUGUUUGAGCUUAAAAGCUUUUUAACGGAAUAUAUUAUAUAUAAUGUUAUAUGUAUCAAUAACUAGUUUGUCACAAAUGUAUAUAAAUGCGUUCAAUGUCUUCAUACGAAUGUAUUGUUUUGUGAAAAAUGUAUUAUUGUCUCUGUGUGUAAACGAAGCUAUUGUUAUAUGUUAUUUUAGUUCUUAUUAUAGUAUUAAAUACAGGUGUCUAAUACGGCUAGUGAAACAGGUCUGUAUGUGAACUAGUUUCAACUUGUUACGUGUUGUGAUCUGUGUCAUUUUUUAUAGUUUGUCUUAUAUGAUGUAGUUUUUUUUUAAUAUGUUCCGGAUUGACGUGUCAAUUUGUUUAAUGUUUUAUAGUAAUACAGACUCGUCAGUAGUUUGUCGGGUUAUUGAGGUUAUUAUUACAGAAUAGUGCGUUACAGUUGCAACUCUUUCCUCGUCUAGGUAACUUUUGACGAUAAACAUUUAAGCUGAAAGUGUGUCAUCUGCUUUAUCUGAUAGUCUGGUUCUUAUACUGAGAUUAAUGUAUUAACUUGACCUAAUUAAUGUUGUGUUCACAGUUGAACAUAAUAGAUCGGGAAUGAGUUUGGACUGUAACGGGUAUGUUUACUUGGGGUUUUCUAUUCUCAGCGGCCAACAAUUCAAAUAUCCUUUAAAUUUGUUUAAAGAAAUAAUGUAUUAGCAAUUGUGCAUUUGAAUACUAUAACGAAUUCUGUAUCAAUACUAAAGUCUUCUAUAUGCUCCAUUACAGGCUUAAUAUAUAUUAAAUGGAGUAUUAACGGUUUGAUCAGAAGUCACAGUUUGAUGAUGAGAUUAUAUCAAUUUUUUACAUCCUGUAUAAUGUACGUAUAAUAACGACGAAAAUAUCAUAGAACAUAGCUAAGUAUUAAAAAAAAAUCUCAUUUUUGUUUAUAUACCAGUUUAUAUACUUUUUGAUUAUUGCAUUUUUUUUUUAAAUUUAAAUCAUGUCUACUAAACUAGGAUGGACUCAAAAUUUUAUACUUUAACCAAAAAAAAAAAACUUGUUCAUGGUGCCUUUAUUUAAUUGUUUUACAUUUUUUUUUAUAUGUCUGUAUCUCGAAUGUAUUGUAACUCAACAGAUUAAAAAAAAUAUAUAUUGUAACACUAUGAUUUAAAUGUCAGGUUUAGAUAAGCAUUCGAAAAGUAUUAUCUUUAUAAUUUAUAGAAAAGAAUGGAAAUUUUAUAUAUAAUCUGUUGUGUGAUAGAGAAAGGUAACGCAGUAACAAUCCCACGCGGUGUAGGGACCAUAGAGUAAUUGCUUUUUUUUUUCCAACUAUGCAUUUAAUAUUGCAACAUUUCAGAGUGAUCAUUUUGUUUUGUCAUUGAUAACGUUAAUAGCAAGUGUUUCAUAAAAGAGCAUAAUAAUUCGUAUGUCGAAAGCAUAUCGAAGUAUAAUUAAAGUUUUAUAAAUAACGAUAAGUUUAUAAUUGCGUUUGUUAGUUGUUGGAAGGACCGGAGACAUCUACGCGACCGAUCGCUACUUAACGACCGGGGUCUCUUCAAAGCUUUCUACGUUUAGUAUUUGUUUAAUAUGAAAUUGUACCAAAAAUAUUUAAUUAAAGUCAAGUAAAAGUUUAAUUUGUCUUUGUGCGACAUUAUGACAAGCCUUGUCUUUUAUAACAAGGUCUUAUAAAUACUAGGAUUGAAAGUGUUAUCUUUGAGUAAUUAUUAUGACAGAUAGAUGAGUGGGAAUCGUUAAAGUGAAUUAACAAAAGCGAAUGCUCUCGGUAUUGUAACGAAGUAUCUUUUUGUUAGUAGAUCAAAAUUACUUUAAUUAUUGUAUUGAUGUUUUAACAAGUCGUUAAUAACAAUAUACGAUUUUUAUUUUGUGUUCACUUUUGUUGGUCCACUAUAAUGUUCCUUGCGCUCUAUCUGCCUUUAUUAUUUAAAAAAAUAAUGAGUUUAAAUUUCGAUUUGAAAUUGUAGUCGCCGUCAAAAUUUUGCCAAUUUUUUGAUGUUUUUGGUAAACAUAUGGCUGUAUGUUAGAAAGCGUCGUUUGGUCUCGUAGGUGUGUCCGAUGCUUAAGACUAUUGUUUUAAAGUCGUUUGUGCUCUGUUGUCGUUUAAGCGAAAGUGAGUGCUGCUCAAACGUGUGAAUCUAUCGACUUCGAGUCACGUGCAAUAUAUAGCAUAAAUAUUAUUUUGUUUCCAAUAAAAAUUAAAAUUCCA